AUGGGUAUCACGUACAACAUCAGCCCCUCGGACAUCCAAGGGCCAGUCAUUGCAGCCACGGUCUUCGGUAUUGUGGCGACUUUGACGACUGUUCUUCGUUUAUAUGCUAUGAGCCUUAAGGGUAUACGACUUGGGCUCUCCGAAUACAUUUUGUUGGUUGGAACGCUAUUGAUGUAUGGCGCAUUAUCAACCAUAUGGAUUAUGACUGUUCACGGAGGCAUGGGCCGGCACGUGGGAGAAGUUGACCCGUCUUCUAUUAUAAUAACAAUGAAGACUUUAUUAUCUUUAGAAGUGACAUACGGCACUUGUUUGGGUCUCGUCAAGACAUCAAUCGCCCUCUUUUUUGUCCGCAUCUUCGGCGCCAAGCGCAGCUUCAACAUCAGUGUGGUCGUCGUCUUGUUCUUCGUUUGGGUCUGGGUAAUCAGCAUCGUCUUGGAAGCCUUCCUCCUCUGUCGACCAUUUGCAUACAAUUGGGAUAAAUCAGUCGGAGGCUCAUGUGGUAACCGAAAUGCAGCAUUUAUUGUUGCAGGUGUCAUGAACGUUGUCACGGACUUCAUGGUCAUGGCUCUCCCACUACCACACGUGUGGACUCUGAAAAUGAACUGGCAAAAGAAGAUGGGUCUUACCUCUGUGUUCUGUGUCGGCGCUGUCAUCUCCGCUAUCAGUAUCCUGAGACUGAUAUCCCUCGCGAAACUUGACUUUGACGACCCAACACACUCGCUACUCUAUGUUGUCUUGUGGUCGAUCCUCGAGCCCCAACUAGCAAUCAUAUGCGCGAACAUGCCCUUCCUCAAGACGAUUGUGGCGGCGUGGGCCCCAGGACUUGGGUCAUCCAUUGAUCGCAAGUACGGCGCUUCAUCAAACAAGACGUUUGAGAACCUUGGAACAAAUGGAGAGAGCAGCCACCGCAUGGAUAAUCUUGAAGCGACGCAUACGUACAAAGUUGGGCAUGAUGGUGAUUCCUCUACAGGACCUACUUUGUACGCGGACUCGGUCAGCUCCGAUGAGCAGCGUUUGGCUAGUAAUCCCAGCCCUUAUGGGAUUAGUGUUACUAAGAAUUUUGAUGUGCGUUACGACUAG